AUGCAGAUCUUCGUCAAGACUCUGACUGGCAAGACCAUCACCCUCGAGGUUGAGUCCUCCGACACCAUCGACAAUGUGAAGAGCAAGAUCCAGGACAAGGAAGGCAUCCCACCCGACCAGCAGCGCUUGAUCUUCGCAGGCAAGCAGCUUGAGGAUGGCCGCACCCUUUCCGACUACAACAUCCAGAAGGAGAGCACCCUUCACCUCGUCCUCCGUCUUCGUGGUGGUAUGCAGAUCUUCGUCAAGACCCUCACCGGCAAGACCAUCACCCUUGAGGUCGAGUCGAGCGACACCAUCGACAACGUCAAGUCCAAGAUCCAGGACAAGGAGGGCAUCCCACCUGACCAGCAGCGCCUGAUCUUCGCUGGCAAGCAGCUUGAAGAUGGCCGCACUCUCUCCGACUACAACAUCCAGAAAGAAUCGACUCUCCACUUGGUGCUCCGUCUCCGUGGUGGUAUGCAAAUCUUCGUCAAGACACUCACCGGCAAGACAAUCACACUCGAAGUGGAAUCAUCAGACACGAUCGACAACGUCAAGUCGAAGAUCCAAGACAAGGAGGGUAUCCCACCGGACCAGCAGCGUCUCAUCUUCGCCGGUAAGCAGCUCGAGGACGGUCGGACACUUUCGGAUUACAACAUCCAGAAGGAGUCCACUCUGCACUUGGUGUUGCGCCUACGUGGUGGCCAGUAG